AUGGCUCGAUACGCGGACGAAGAAGGGCAAAACAGAGACAGCAGAUGGAUGGCAGUUGGAGCUGCUCUAAACUUUCCAAACAGCUUAAUAAAACAUUUUAAACUUCAAGCUGAAGCUGCUCUAAACUUGUCAAACAGUUUGAUGAAACGUUCCAAACUUCAAGCUGGAGCUGCUCUAAACUUUCCAAACAGUUUAAUAAAACAUUUCAAACUUCAAGCUGAAGCUGCUCUAAACUUGUCAAACAGUUUGAUGAAACGUUCCAAACUUCAAGCUGGAGCUGCUCUAAACUUUCCAAACAGUUUGAUGAAACGUUCCAAACUUCAAGCUGGAGCUGCUCUAAACUUUCCAAACAGUUUAAUAAAACAUUUCAAACUUCAAGCUGAAGCUGCUCUAAACUUGUCAAACAGUUUGAUGAAACGUUCCAAACUUCAAGCUGGAGCUGCUCUAAACUUUCCAAACAGUUUGAUGAAACGUUCCAAACUUCAAGCUGGAGCUGCUCUAAACUUUCCAAACAGUUUGAUGAAACGUUCCAAACUUCAAGCUGGAGUUGCUCUAAACUUUCCAAACAGUUCGUUUCAAAUUUCAAACUCAAAACGCUGUAACUUUUUCAAACAGUUUAAAAUAUUUCCUCGACCCGUUUAA